AUGAGUGCCACCAGAUUGGACCGUCUCGUAACGCUCCUCGAGACAGGCAGCACAGCAUUGAUCCGAAACACAGCAGCCGAUCAGCUAGCCGACGUCCAAAAACAACAUCCCGACGAACUAUUCAAUCUCCUCACCAGAGUCAUCCCCUACCUGCGAUCAAAAAGCUGGGAAACCAGGGUCGCUGCCGCCAAGGCCAUUGGAGGCAUCGCCGCCAACGCUGACAAGUUCGACCCCAAUGCCCAUGACCAAGAUGAGUCAACCAAAGACGUAAAGUCUGAACCAGAGUCCAAUGGCCACCUCAAAUCCGAGGACAGCAAUGGUGGUCCCGUCAAGAAAGAAGAGAAUGGUGACGCACCCCUGCCGCCACUGGCCCAGGGCCUUGAUCUUGCUACGCUUGACCUGCCUUCCAUCCUGAAGUUUGGCAAAGUACUAGCUUCCCUUGGCACAAAGGAACACGACUACAAGCUGGCCGCCAUGGACCCUGCCGAGCGCCUGGAGUAUCAAAAGAGCACCCUACUGAAGCGCCUCGGCUUUGAAGGCGCAUGGGUCGAAGAUCUUACGCCGCCCCAAGAGGCCAUGCCGCAAACACCCGGCCCCAAGACACCUGCCAUACAUCGCAUCGACACCAACCUCCCGCGAUCAGAUAACACAAACACCGCGUCAUCACCUCCUUUGGGCACGCCUAAUGGCGGCCCGGGACUUAGCAAACGUCAGCAAAAUGCCCUGAAGCGCAAGGCAAAAAAGAACGCUGCUGGAGGUGCCAACAAAGUUCAGGUUGUCGACUUCAACGCUACUUCGCGGAAAGACUCCACAUCAGAACUAGGCGAUACCCCUGCACGGCCACAUCCGAUUGCUCUGAAGCUUGAGAAGUCUGAAAACGGUGACGAAGGCGAUGGACUCAACGACUACUUCUCGCUGGAGCGCAAUGGCGGGGACGACGAUGCCAAGUUCGUAAAAGAGUUCAAGGGCGCACCGGUACCAGAGAAGUCAUCAUUCCAGACCGAGGCUGAGGAGGCAGGGUUAGAGUGGCCAUUUGAACGCGUUUGCUCUUAUCUCGCCGUCGAGCUCUUCGACUACACCUGGGAGGUCCGCCAUGGUGCUGCCAUGGGCCUCCGAGAAAUCCUUCGCAUUCACGGUGGCGGAGCUGGCAGACGGAAGGGACUCAGUCGAACUGAGAACGAUCAACUCAAUCAACGGUGGCUGAAUGAUUUGGCGUGUCGCAUGAUCUGCAUCUUCAUGCUCGACCGCUUCGCAGAUUUCACCGGAGACAGCGCUAUCGCCCCUAUCCGCGAGACUGCCGGACAAGCGCUCGGCUCACUGUUACAGUUCAUGUCCCGCGACAAUGUGCUUGCAACAUUCCAAGUUCUCAAUCGCUUGAUUAUGCACCACGACCUUCCCUUGGACAGCAGCCCGCUUAGCGCACCGUGGGCCCUGUGUCAAGGCGGCAUGAUUGGUCUGCGAUACCUUGUCGCUAGCGAGACUUCGGAAGGCUGGAUAGACAGCAAGGCAUUGCAACUCAUCUUCCAGAACAUCCUUCUCGAGCGCAACGAAGGCGUCUUGAGGCUAUCCAUACAGCUUUGGAAUGCCGUUGUGGAGAGCUUGGGGAGCCGACUAGCCGCUCUCUUGGAGCCUGUCUUGGAUUCCAUUGUUCCUCUCACGCUUACGCCCAUUGGAGUCUCUCGCCAUCCAAUCCCGCUCAACAUGUCGCUACUCAUCAAGCCUUCGGGACAGGCCAUGGGUCCACCGCCAAGCACCGAGCCGAACCGUAAAUCAAGCCCUGCGGAUGGCAACGAACCAGCCCAGAAGAGGAGAAAGAAGUCUCGCCACGGAAAGGAUGACAUGUCAACACCGACACCAUCCACCCAGUCCCACAAUGUCGACGGACACAUGAUCUCUGGCGACCUUGAACUUAUUGGGGCGGAUGUCAUGAUACGCUCCAGGACUUCUGCAGCACAGGCUCUCGGCAAAGCAAUGGGAGCUUGGCCUGAAGAGUCAAGAGCUGAGGCAUUCAAGCCAAGGCUCCUGAAAUCACUAUCUUCCACAAAUUCUUCGACGCAGUUGACGGCUUGUAUCAUUAUUGAGGAGUUUGGCAAGAAUCUGGCCGCAAAGGAUGUGUUGGCAGAGUCUUUUGUUCAAGCUCUAUUGCCCAUGGUGGAAGGCGAGAGACCUGCAGCCUACGAGGACCUCGUGCCAAAGCUGCAGAUUGUUCGAACGCAAUGCAACUCGCUGCUGAGCAUCUUCCAUGAAGCGCACGUACAGAACCUACCACAAAUCGCUGCGCUUGUGCAGGGUAUGCCGAAUUCAAACCAUUAUGCAUUCGGAGUCCCAGAUGCCGAGAAGCUUGUUACCGUACAAUACGAGAAGCUUAAGAAGGCCAUGACGCCGUCUUCGCGUAUGGUUGCGGCGACCAAUCUAGAGACAGCCCGCAAAGAAGUCGAGUCGAGCAUACAGGAAGCCAAAGACAUCAAGGAAGAGCGCGACGUGCGUAUCAAGGCUGCUGCCGCUGGAGCACUUGUAGCGCUCAACUCUCCUCCGAAGAAGCCAUCACCACCCAUCAAGGCUAUGAUGGACAGUGUCAAGAAGGAAGAGAAUGCCGAGUUACAGAAGCGCUCUGCGGCUGCCGUUGCUGGAUACAUCGUUUACUUGGUCAACGCAAAGAGAACUGGUGUCGUCAACAAAGUUGUCGGGAACUUGGUCAAGUUCUAUUGCAUGGAGACGGCCGAAACUCCCGAAUUCGCUGGGCAAUCACACAUCGAAACGGGUAUUCUUACACUCAAGAAGGACGAAGACAUACGCGACCACCCGGAUGCUGCUCGAUUUGCAGAAGAGUCACGGGCUGCUCGUAUUACCAAACGUGGCGCUCGCGAGGGUCUUGAACAAGUCGUCUCGAGUUUCGGCGCUGAGAUUUUCGACAAGGUGCCCAUCUUGAAGGAUUUGAUCGAACGUCCAAUCAAAGAAGCCUUCACAGAGGCGACACUCCCUGCGCACAUCUUCAACGAGGACGGCGUCUUUGGCCAGGAAGUUGUCGACGCUCUCUCGACUUUGCGCGCCCUUGUUGGCAGCUUCCACCCCAGCGUCAGAAAUUUUGUAAAAGAACUCCUCCCACUCAUCGCAAAGGCUUUGCAGAGCAAGCUCUACGUCCUGAGAUAUGCAGCUGCCAAGUGUUUCGCGACAAUAUGCAGCGUCAUGUCUGUUCAGGGUGUAACGAUGCUCGUCGAGAGCGUACUACCGACUAUCAGUGAUGGUGGAAAUGUGCAUGCCCGCCAAGGAGCCAUCGAGUGCAUUUACCAUUUAAUACACGUCAUGGAAGACGCCAUCCUACCAUAUGUCAUCUUCCUGAUCACCCCUGUUCUCGGACGUAUGAGCGAUUCCGACAACGAUGUCCGACUACUAGCGACUACUAGUUUCGCUACGCUUGUCAAGCUCGUACCACUGGAGUCUGGUAUUCCUGAUCCGCCCGAUCUGCCAGAGUCCCUACUAAAGGGUCGGGAUCGGGAACGAAAGUUUGUCGCUCAGAUGCUCGAUGCGAAGAAGGUAGAGCCUUUCGAGAUCCCUGUUGGCAUCAAGGCGACUCUCCGUUCUUACCAGCAAGAUGGUGUCAACUGGUUGGCCUUCCUCAACCGAUACAACCUUCACGGUAUUCUUUGCGACGACAUGGGUCUCGGCAAAACACUACAAACGCUUUGCAUGGUGGCUAGCGACCAUCACAUGCGUGCCGCGGAAUUUGCCAAGUCAGGCGAUCCAAACUUCCGACGUCUACCAUCGCUCAUCGUGUGCCCGCCCACACUGUCCGGUCACUGGCAGCAGGAGAUUCGCCAAUACGCGCCAUUCCUCAGCUGUGUCGCCUACGUUGGCUCGCCACCGAUUCGCGGUCAACACAGGAACGAGCUUGACAAGGUAGACAUUGUCAUCACUUCCUACGACAUCUGCAGGAACGAUGCCGAUAUUCUCAAGCCAAUCAAUUGGAACUACUGUGUUCUGGAUGAAGGCCAUCUGAUCAAGAACUCCAAGUCAAAGACUAGCCAGGCUGUCAAGCAAUUCCAGUCGAACCACCGUCUCAUCCUCUCUGGUACUCCUAUUCAGAACAACGUCCUCGAACUGUGGUCUCUGUUCGACUUCUUGAUGCCCGGCUUCCUUGGCACUGAGAAGGUCUUCCAGGAGCGUUUCGCGAAGCCCAUUGCUGCGUCUAGGUUUGCUAAGAGCUCUUCAAAGGAGCAAGAGCGAGGUGCGCUAGCUAUUGAAGCUCUGCACAAACAGGUCCUUCCCUUCCUCCUCCGUCGUCUCAAGGAAGAGGUACUGGACGACCUCCCACCAAAGAUUCUGCAGAACUACUACUGCGACUUGUCUGAGCUCCAGCGCAACCUCUUCGAUGACUUCACCAAACGCCAGGGCAAGGAGAUACAGUCCAAGGCCGGCAACGCCGACCGCGAGAGCAAGCAACAUAUCUUCCAGGCUCUACAGUACAUGAAGAAGCUGUGCAACUCACCUUCUCUCGUCGUCAAGGGCCCCUCCAACAAAGCCUACGAGCCUACACAGCAGUAUCUGAAGAAGAACAACACUACGAUUGACGAUAUUGUGCACGCACCAAAGCUCGGCGCUCUCAAGGAUCUCCUCGUAGACUGCGGUAUUGGUGCCUCUGAUGUAGUCAGCGACAAGUCCGCAAAUGCCAACGGCGACCUACCGGAAGCUGUGUCGCAACAUCGCGCUCUGGUCUUCUGCCAGAUGAAAGAGAUGCUCGACAUGGUACAACACAAUGUGCUUGAGAAACUUCUGCCAUCGGUGCAAUUUAUGCGUCUGGAUGGUGGUGUCGAAGCUACAAAGCGCCAGGAGAUUGUCAACAAGUUCAACACUGAUCCCUCGUACGAUGUCUUGCUUCUCACGACUAGCGUCGGUGGUCUGGGUCUGAACUUGACCGGUGCGGAUACUGUCAUCUUCGUCGAACACGACUGGAACCCACAGAAAGAUAUUCAGGCCAUGGACCGCGCGCAUCGUAUCGGUCAGAAGAAGGUGGUCAACGUAUACCGUAUCGUGACGCGCGGUACUCUGGAGGAGAAGAUCUUGAAUCUACAACGUUUCAAGAUCGACAUCGCCUCCACAGUGGUAAACCAACAAAACGCAGGUCUACAGUCUAUGCAGACGGACCAGAUUCUCGAUCUCUUCAACGUAUCCGCCGACUCGAAUGACCCCGCCGCGCUCCCCGCUCCACCGAGCAACGCCAAAGACGAUCGCACGGGCAUCGACGAAAACGACGCUGUUGAUGCGACGGGUGCAUUGAGGGAGAAGGGCAAGAAGGGCUUCUUGGAUGAAUUGGGUGAGCUAUGGGACGAAAAGCAGUACGAUGAGGAAUUCGAUCUUGACGGGUUCCUGGGCAAAAUGAAGGCAUAAGGUGGCGGAAGUUGUGAGAUGAAAAAAUAGCCUGGCGCAUGUUGACCCCCCACAUUCGAUUGAGCGCCAUAUCACUCAUAGGCGCGCGUGUCUCUUCGGUCAUGGGCGUUUCCAGGCGUAGUGUCGUUGUACUUUGAAGAAGGCGUUGUAAGCAUGGCAUGGCAUAGCAUGGACACUGAUGUGCUAUUGAAGGGAUGGUAUGAAUUGCAUAGGUGUGGUUCCCAACGGACUUUGAACAUGUUUCUUCUCUCUUAGCAAGGCGUUGUUGGCUCAGGCAUUGAAACUUGUAUCGAUGGAUGUUUGUAUGUAUGCCUAGGCCUGUGUGAGUAUAGGAUAAAGUACACUUUUAUCACUGACCAA